UGAAAACUUCUGUGAAUAUUCGGCAAUCCCGUCCACCAAAGACCAACCAAGACGACAAACACAACAAACCCUCGCAGCUGGCCCUUCCUUGCUCGCUCGCUUACCUUGCUCUCUUGCUUGCCUUGCUUGCUUGCCUUGCUUGGCAUCUUUCCUCCACCCUCCCCUGCUCCCUGCGGCCUACCUACGAUCCAAAGUUGCAGAGUGAGCGAGGCAGAGGAGCACAGGGCGACCCGCGCAAGAGCCAAGGUCGCCACUCUCCUCAGUACCUUCCGUUUGUUGCUCUUCAGCACCUUCACGCAACAAACAAACAGCAACAGUGGCACAAACCACCAGUGCUCCCCCCGCUCCCCUCCACCAGCAUGCAAGACGCGGCCGACGCGGAGCCGCCACCAUUUGUGCGCGUUUGUGAGAACUACUUGCCUGCGAAGAAGUCUGAGCUGGCACUCAUUGUCGGGCAUGUCGUCAAGGUCAACGAAGCGCAACGGAAUGGCUGGUUCUUUGGCGAGGACACCACAUCACACGCCAGUGGCUGGUUCCCUGCGGCCCACGUCGUCGCCCUGACAGAUCAGCAAACGGAGGUUGAUCCCACGCAAGUGUGCAAGCCCACGCUGCCCACGGCACCAAAAGCACAGGCAGCCCAGAGCCCGCGGCCAAAGCCCCGUCCCAAACCACGAACAGCCGCCAUCCGCACCAGCCCUCAAAGUGGGACUGAGGCAGACACGGCAUCAGCAAAGCCUGCGACAGCCGCCGCCACAGCAGUGCUGCACAGCAAGGACGUCAAGGGCGCAGGAUCAGCUGGUGGCAGCCCACCAACACGGCCAAAGCCACGACCCGCACGCGCACCCAGCGCUGCCGCACGCGGUGCUGGGCUUCGCGCUGCUGGAUCUCACGACAGUCUAAACGCAGCCGCAGGCUUUGUGUCCGACGAUGGUGCAUAUGACGACGAUGAUGGCGAUGACGACGAUGACACGCCAUCCAGCAUCGACCUCAAGCCAUCCGACUUGCCACGGCUCAAAGCGGCGGCGGUGAAGGAGAUGCUGUAUCGGUUUGAGCCGCGCGACUCAGACGAACUCCGCGGCGCUCCGGGCGUUCGUGUGCGCGUCAUCGACACCUCAGAGGACGGGUGGUGCCUGUGCAUGCGCACAUCUGUGGACAUCAGCCCGCUCUCUGACGGCCACGACAUUGCGCUUGCAGUCGGCAUUGACAUCGGCUGGCUCCCGGGCAAUUUCCUCGCAGAUGUGGAUGUGAAUGCUCCGCCUGCGAUCUCGGACGAAGACGAGCUUGAAUAUCUCUUUGCACUCAUUCAGGGUGGAGACAACAUCGGCUCUGGAAACAGGAGUGCGAGCAGGGAGCGGCUUCAGCGUCGCGGCGACAGCACAGAUACACACGCAGACUAUUCCGUGGCCUCUGUGUCGCAAUCGCAUCCAACGUCCCCACACACCGUGCCACACCCAGCUGCUGCGCCGCCCGUUCUCUCCCAACAGUUUCGCGCCCGAAGCGCUGAUGAUCUUCUUUCCUCCAACGCGUCCGACGCCGCUGGCUCAAUGACAACACGUGCGGGGCGGCGCGUGCCGCAGUCCGUGUACGGAUUUCCAGCGCCGCGCAAUUCAAACGCGCCAGCACAUCGUGACACGCACAGCACUAGCAGAAGGAAGGAUGCGCCAGCGCGGAGGGAUCACAAGGACCAGGCAGCAGUAACAACAGCGGGAGUUGGAGAAGGAGUGACUGCUGGCAUGCAUGGAAGCCACGUUGGCGGAAAGAGCGAUGGUGAUGGUACAGAGAGAAGAGGGAGCAACGACAGCAACACAAGCGGCAGGGGGCGUGGUGGGCGUGAGUUUGCAUAUGAGCGAGUUGGAGCGCGAACAACACUCGAUGCGUACAUUCAAGGCGACGAUGCCCCCGUGUACGACAACAUGGCGAAAGGCAGACAAGUCACGUCGCCUCUGCCGACCACACAGUGCGAACAGGCUGGCGAGGAGUGUAAGUUUGCUGUGAUUGCGCGCUGUGAUUGUGUGGAUCCACGCCCGGGCGCCCUUCAGUUCCAGAAAGGCGACGUCAUCUACGUUGUGCAGCAUUCUGAUGAAGACACGUACUGGCAUGGCUAUCUUCCCGCCAUGGCUGAUGUGGUUGGGGAGUUUCAUCGCGAUUUCGUGCGUGAAUUGGAGCCGCACGAGCACCGCGUGCUGCAGAGUCUGGACGAGCGCGUUGCCAGCAUCAACCCGUCGCGACGCGGAACGGAGGACCUGACGUCCGAUCACCCGAGUCAUGCUGACGGUGAUGGUGAUGGUGAUGGCGGUGUGCACGGAGCAACUGGUGGAUAUUCAACAGUGGAUGGUGACGAAGGUGAUGGUGGCGGUGUUGGCGGUGGUGGUGUGCAUAAGGCGCAAGCGCCGACAAAGGAGCAAGGCGAUCGAAAGACCAGGGGAGAUGGAAAGACAUCGCACGUGUAUGAACAAGUCGAUGCAAGAGAUCAAACCGACUACGAGCACAUUUUGCAACAAAACGCCGAGAAACCGCGUCCGUCUCGCCCAGCGCCGCCACCGCCACGCGGCUCUGUCUCGCACGCUGCCCGGCAUGCAAGCAAGUCUCCGCAUCGAAGAAGGCACAGCAAGCAUAGACAACAACAACAACAACAACAACAACAACAACAACAACAACAACAACAACAACAACAACAACAACAACAAUAUGCGCAGGUCAGCACCACCCCACCAUCAGCAGCCCCCACCCCACAGCCACGCACCAAACCGCCCGGACCAGCGCCGAGAAUACCGCGACGACCAACAAACUUGCGGAUACAGCACGUGGACCUCUCCGGUUAUGAUCUCUCCAAAGAAGAGCUGCGAGAGUCGCUGCGCCGGCACCGAAGCCAACAGCAGCAAGCCCGUGCCGCUGCUGGCGGUGAUGGUGAUGAGCAUCGGCCUGCUGUACCCACUCGCACGUCAUCCAUCAGAUCAACACGGCGACGACAGCGCAAGAGUCGACGCCACCACGACACCUCAACAACGCAUCUGAACGCCGGCCCGCUCACGCCGCCCGACCGCACUGCUCUGAAGAGCCCAACACCCAAGCGCCGUGCACCGCAGCCUGCAAUAGCACACACCCCAUACACGGCUGCCCUUCCCUCGGAGAUUUCUCUGGCAAAGGGAGAUAUUGUCACCGUCCUUCACAAGAGUCGCUCCCGCACUGGUUGGCUGGUUGGUCGUGUCGGUCACAACCCAGAGGGCGAGUUUCCGGCUGCAAACGUCCGGGUGCUGAAAAGAAAACGGCCACCUGGACAGCAACAACAACAACAACAACAACAACAACAACAACAACAACAACAACAACAACAACAACAACAACAACAACAACAACAACAACAACAACAACAACAACAACAACAACAAAGGCAGAAAGGGGCUGACGAGCACCAUCGGGAGAGCGACGCUGAUGCCAGGGACAAUCCAUACGGCACCAUGCCACCGCCACCGCCACCGCCGCCAUCGCUCGAAGAAUACACCCCAGCCCAGUCCCCAACGCAAACAGCAGCAACAGCGCCUGCAAAGCCCCCAGCAAAGCCGGCCUUGAAGCCGCGGCCAAAGCUCGCGCCCAAACCCCGCCAUGCAGUACCACCAGCAGCGACACCAGCACACCCACCCCCACAUGCUGCACCCCGCGAACGAAAGGUGCCCUAUGACAACCACAUACCACCAACAUCGUCAUCGUCGUCGUCGUCGCCACCUUCCGCACAACACCGCGAGGGUGACCGCCGUGGCCGCGCGUCUGGCGGAGAUGGAGAUGUGCGCAAGGCAGCAAACCAAGGACGGUACUUUACGACACAGCUCUGA